AUGCCUGCCACCAUACAGGUCGCUCUAGUGAGCGACGCCGAACGGAAAGACGAGAAAUACCACCGGUCGAUGUUCAACGGGAAAAGGCUCCGCACUUUAGUCCGACUAAGAGAGACUGAAGUAGGAGAGAAGCACCCCGCGCUGCUCGAGGCUAUCAUUGCCAAGAAGGCUCGUUCAGCAAGACUGCCAGCGGCACCACUGAGCGAGACGCACCUGAGGCAGAUGCGAAAGUCCCAGACUCAAUCCACACGGCGCGCUGAGACGGACGCCCUUGCUGCUCGAAUCAGAGAAGCUCGCGCCCCGCCCAAUCCACCCUCCUGGGCACGGGGUCCGGAAGGAGCAUCGGUAAGGAUCAGUGCGAGCCUAGAACAACCGCCUUUGCGCCACGCUGUCGUUCAGCUGCCAACCCAUUCUACACCGUCGACGGCAUCUCGAGAUGCUCCGGGCGCGACCGCACAUCCCGAGCAUACAGCUCUGAACGGGAGCGCUCACACCGCUGCGACUCAUACGAUCCCCAAAUCGUCUGAGCUGAAAUUUCAUACGAUGCGCAAACUGUACGGUCUACUGGGCAACGAGCAGGAUGCAGAGGAAAGAUCAAAGAUCAAAGCAGAGAUGCGACGAAAAGCACAAGCUCUGGGACUGGCUGAUGCUCCUGCUACGCUCCGACAAUGGUACACGAGCACGAGCAAGAAUGCAAAAGCCGAACGCUCCUUCACUGGUAUACACGGAUUGUUCCAGCACCGAGACAAUCUGAUCGCGUCGGAGCAAGAUACGACUGAGGUCGAUGCGAGGAUCAAAGCUGUUGCCGACCAUGCUGGCGUGCGGAUGCCUACAACGGCGCAGGAUUUCUAUAAUUCAACGUACAAGAAACGAGUGAGGGAAGGCACGGCCCGGCUAAAACCAAGCUAG